GUGGCGCGCGGCGCGCGAGUGGUGGCUGCUGCGCCGCCGGGCAGUGCGGGUCCUGGAGGCGCGGAAGCGGGGAGCGCCGACCAUGGCUACAUGGAUGGGGGUCGAGCUCUCGGCGCUGAACCCGCUGCGCGCUCUGUGGCUCGCGCUGGCCGCCGCCUUCCUGUUGACCCUGCUGCUGCAGCUCGUACCGCCCGGCUUGCUCCCGGGCUGGGCGCUCUUCCAGGACUUGAUCCGCCAUGGAAAAACCAAGCUCGAGGGGCCGCUGCGCCCGGCCGCCUGCCGGGCUUUUGAUGUCCCCAAGAGGUAUUUUUCUCACUUCUAUAUCAUCUCUGUGCUGUGGAAUGGUUUCCUGCUUUGGCACCUUACACAAUCUCUGUUCCUGGGAGCGCCUUUACCAAACUGGCUGCACGGCCUGCUCAGGAUUCUUGGGGCUGAGCAAUUCCGAGGAGGUGAGCUGGCACUGUCUGCAUUCUUAGUAUUAGUAUUUCUGUGGCUACACAGCUUGCGAAGACUCUUCGAGUGCUUGUAUGUUAGUGUCUUCUCCAAUGUCAUGAUUCACGUCGUGCAGUACUGUUUUGGACUUUUCUACUAUGUCAUCGUCGGCCUAACUGUGCUGAGCCAAGUGCCAAUGGACGGCAAGAAUGUCUAUGUGAUGGGGAAAAAUCUCUUGAUGCAAGCUCGGUGGUUCCAUAUCCUCGGAAUGAUGAUGUUCAUCUGGUCAUCUGCCCAUCAGUAUAAGUGCCAUGUCAUUCUCGGAAAUCUCAGGAAAAAUAAAGCAGGAGUGGUCAUUCACUGUAACCACCGAAUCCCUUUUGGAGACUGGUUUGAAUACGUGUCUUCCCCUAACUAUUUAGCAGAGCUGAUGAUCUACAUUUCCAUGGCUGUCACCUUUGGAUUCCACAACUUAACUUGGUGGCUAGUGGUGACAUAUGUCUUCUUCAGCCAUGCCCUGUUUGCUUUCUUCAGCCACAAAUUCUACAAAAGCAAAUUUGUCUCCUAUCCAAAGCAUAGGAAAGCUUUCCUACCAUUUCUGUUUUAAGAUAACCUCAAUCAUGGAGAAUGCAAACCAGGUGACAGGUUCAAUUCCUAAGGACAACGAAGUCUAGACACCAAAGUGCAGUUUCUGCAGAAGCGUUUGAAACUCUGUGUUCCGUUUUUAUACCCCAGAGUCUUCACUGAACCAGCAAAGCAGUAUCCCUCAAGAAAAUGAAUCUUCAAAGAAGAAAUACUUCUGGCAGA